GCAUCUUUUCAGGCAGAGCGCUGUAACGAAUACGACAAGCUACAGUUUCUCAAGGAUGUGAACAGUGACUCUGAUCGCCGAAGAGACAGUGAGCCAGAGCUCAUUCCUUCUGUUCGAUGCCGUUGCCCGUCAUGGAAGCGCACAGAGCUUUUCGAAACAAGAGAUGGAAUGAGUUGUAGGGAUUGCAUUACCUCAUACCUCGUACAUCAACUUCGCCUCAAUCGCCUUCCAGUUGAUAUUCCGCUUAUAUCUACCAAGGAGCUUUCAAAUAUUGAUCUACUCUAUAAAGUACUGCCAGCACCGUUGAUUUCGAUGCUACUCAAAAUGACUUACUCAUACUACUGCCGCCUUCGUAAUCCCAAUGUCGUCUUUUCCGAAUGUCCUCGAUGCGCCGUUGAAGUGAUUAUCACCCCUUCCAACGAGCACAUUACUGUUUGGGGUGCUGUCCCGCAUGUGAGUCCCAUUGGUGCUGGCUGUGUAACUCAGAGCCCCAUUUGGCCGAUGAGUUGCGAAGAAUUCAAGCAAUGGAUUGGCAAAUGGGACCAACAAUAUUUCAUUGGGAAGUACGGACUGCAACCGGAUGAGGAUCUGCUACGUAUCACUUGCCUUUGCUCUGCUGUCCUUCUCUUGCCGAGCGAAUCCGCCCAUAACACCAGGUGCCGGUGUGGGUAUCGGUAUGACAAAACCGCGGGCUGA